AUGAAUCGUCGCGGCGGCGUCGCCGCUUUGAUCGCCCUCGCGAUGGUCACGUUCGUGUACCUCGCGUACGUGAGCGGCGUGGGGAACAUGUAUCUCCCCUCCGAGAGCGUCGCGUCGACCACCUCGUCGCCCGUCGGUCGAGUCGCGAUCCCCGCGCGGAUAGCGAACCCGAGCCCUCCGGCGCCCGCGCCGCUCGUAGACGAACGCCCCGAACCCGCUCCCGAGCCACGUGCGAGUCCGGCGCCGACGUCUCCGGCCGUCGUGAGAGACGACCGGAAAGAUGAGGGUCGUAAGCUACCGAUGGAGUGUCCAAUGGUGGACGUCGCCGAUCCAGAGAACGUCGCGGCGGUGGCGAGAUCUUUGGGAGAUGCCUCCGACGUCGUGGUCUUCGCCACGCAGGACAUCGAGCACUGGCGCGCUGAAUUCCUCGUCAACGUCAUCCUCAACCUCAUGUCCGUGAACGUCACGUCGGUGGUCACCGUGGGGAGGCACAAGCACACGUGCGAGAGCGCGAGACGCGACAACCCCGACGUCGUCCGAUGCUGCGUCUACAGCACGUGGCUCGACGGCCACGACGCGCUCAAACGUUGGACCUUAGCCGAGGACCACGCGUACGUCCUGUGGCUGAUCCGGUACAGGUUCGCGCUGGACAUCAUGCGCGCCGGUGAGGUGGGCGUGCUGGUGUCGGACAGCGACAUGUGGUUCGAACGCGACCCGUUCGAGCUGCUCAAAGACGCCGCCACGGGCCUCGGAACGCACUCGGUCGUCGCCAACGUGGAGGGCGAACCGUUUCCGUCCAUGAACGGCGGGUUGGUCUACUUCCGUGCCGACCUACCCGGUAAAGGCGGGCGGUACCUCCUGGAGGUUUUUAACGACCACGUGGAUGAUUUAUUGGCGGACGAAUCGCCCCCCGAGUGUCACAAGGAGCAAGGGGUCGGGACGCAGGUUGUCUGGGGCGCGAUGAUGGACCAAGAUAUCCUGAGAGACGCGGCGGAGACGGCGGUGGCGGGUGCGCCGCUGUGGUGGUCGUACACGCACCACGUGUGCCUGUUCAAGGGCGGGUACGACGAGGCGACCAAGGCGAAGAUGGAGAUAAAGAGCAAGCACCCGGAGACGCUGGACUGGAGUCGAUCGGGGCGCUCGCUGCCGCGCCCGUUCCAGUCGCACCCCGCCGUGGAGGCGCUCGGUGAUGAGCACCCCCUGAACGAAUCCGAGGAGAAGUACGGGAUCAUGAAAGUCCCGAACUAUGAGACCUGGCGCAACCUGACGAUACUCGCGGCGCCCAAGUGGAUGUUCGCGAACCACGGCGACGGCGACGGCUGGUUCGCGCUGCGUCCCCGACCGGGCGCCGCGUUCCACUGCAUGUCGCAGAACCAGGGCAUCAAACCGCGCAUGCUCCGCGCGUACGACAUGUGGCACUGGGACGUCCUGGGCGCCGGGCGGGGGAUACGCGUCGGGCAGGGACGGUACCUGAGCCUGGCGUCGGCGGCUUUUGGGCACUUUACCAAACGCGGGGAGUUUGCGAUGCAGGCGCACAGGCUCGCCGCGCUCGCCGCCGCGACGGGGCGAAUCCCCGUCCUUCCCAUGAUCCCCUGCGCGUCCCCGUGGCUCGAUGACUGGCGACGCCCGGACGACUGCUACGCGGGCGUCCUCGAACGCAUAAACGUCCUCGCGGGGACGUGCCCCGUCACCGCGCUGCGGCAGUUCCAGGGCCCCGACGCCGCGUACCCCGGCGACCCGGCGGCAGAGGGUUCGGUGGGCUCGCCGUGCUGUUACUUCGUUCCCCCGGGCGACGACUGCGAGGAAAAGUUCGCGGCGUGGGGCGCCGAGAUGACGGGCGAGGACCCGCACAAUCGACCCGGACGCACGGUGCGGCUGGACGCGAUCAUCGACGCGGCACAGCUGGUCGUGGACGCGGGCGACGCGACGGAGUACGCGGACCGAAGCUGGGUGCUCGGGGACGACUUCCCGCCGGACAACGCGAAGCACCCCACGGACGUGUUCGUGGACUUUGGGCGCGUCGUGAAGGCGAUUGAAGGGGACGGGGAUCAAAACACGCCGUGGGUGGAGAUCGACAUGCGGGGUAAGGACGCGCUGCCCCGGGUGGUGACGCAGCGGGGCGUCGACGAUAAAAGCCGGCGGAAGUGGUUCAUGGAUUACAACGCCGCGUGUCCCCUCGUCAACAGGGUGUCGCCGAUGGUGUGA